GAGAGGGUCUCGUUAGUAUGCUGGAUAAGCGGCGGCUUCAUACCUCCGCUUCGUCGCCAUGCACCCUAAUUUUUGUGGUCGCUCUGGCGCUGACUGCAUGCUUCUCGUUCUGGCUGCACAUCGAGGGGUUCUCCGGAUCCACAAACCGGUAUACCAGCGCCGCCACAGCACCCGGUUAUUUACUUCUGUUCCCGGGGAACGCUACACCGUCCGCGCAGCCGUAUCUGCUGAACGAGCUUCCGUUCGGUGACAGAUCGACCCUGAUCGAUAUAAAGGACUUCAGGUUCACGAUCAACCAUGAUCCGUGCAAUCGGUCGAGUCCGUUGGUGCUGAUGCUGGUACACUCGGCGCCCGAGAAUCUUCUCAAACGGAAUGUCGUACGUGAGACGUGGGGUCAACACACGCCGGCCGUGGCGCUUCUGUUUCUGGUCGGCUCGUCGGACGAGUACCAGGCCCAGCUGGAAGGGGAGAAUAGGAAAUACAAAGAUUUGAUACAAGGCAAUUUUCUCGAUGUCUAUCGGAACAUGACGUACAAGCAUGUGAUGGCGUUAAAAUGGGCUACGUAUCAUUGUCCAAGUGCCAAAUAUAUACUAAAAUUAGAUGACGAUGUUUUUGUUCAUAUACCCGCCAUGUUGGAUUUCUUGACGCGUGAUCUGUCGCCGUGGGGCGCCAGACGGUUGAUCCUCUGCGACCUCCUAUCCGUGGGCACCGUGAAGAGAUCCUGGCGCUCGAAAUGGAGAGUCUCCCCACUCGAGUAUCCCGGUAGAUAUUAUCCCGCGUAUUGUGCCGGUUGGGCUAUAUUGUAUUCACCCGAUAGCGUAUUCCUUUUGUAUCGCGAAGCUCAGCGGGAACCGUACUUCUGGAUCGACGAUGUUCACGUUACCGGGACGUUAGCUAGGAAGGUAAAUUUAACGCAAACGUCUCUGCAUUAUCUGGUGCUAACCUACGAGAACAUGCAGGAUCUCCUGUCCAAUCCGAAUUCUCGCAGGGAAUUUCUGUUCGGGCCUCCGAACCUUACGGAGAACGAAAUACGAGCCUUACACAGUCUGGUCACUAAAUCACGGCCUAGCAGCGAAAGCCUACUGUACUGA